AUGGCUCCCAUUGAUAGGAAAAACAUUGAUUUAACACAAUUGAAACAAGCCAAUGUUCCGAUUUUCUUCAUUGUUGGUGGACCAGGUUCAGGAAAAGGAACUCAAUGCGAGAAAAUUGUUGCCAAAUAUGGGUUGAGCCAUUUGUCAUCUGGAGAUCUUUUGAGAGAUGAAGUGAAAUCUGGAUCUUCCCGUGGCUCUCAAUUGACCCAAAUUAUGGAAGCAGGACAAUUAGUACCUCUGGAAGUUGUGUUGGAUUUGAUCAAGGAGGCCAUGCUCAAAGCUGUUGAGAAAGGCAGCAAAGGAUUCCUUAUCGAUGGAUACCCACGUGAAGUGAGCCAAGGCGAACAAUUCGAAAGCGAGAUCCAAGACGCUAAACUUGUACUUUUCUUUGACGUUGAGGAGGAAACUCUGGUGAAGCGCCUUUUGAAGAGAGCGGAAACCAGUGGACGAGCUGACGAUAACUCCGAAACCAUCAAGAAGAGGCUCCAUACUUUCACAACAGCCACAGCUCCAGUUGUUGAUUAUUAUGAGAAAAAAGGAAAACUUGUUAAGAUCAACGCUGAAGGAAGCGUCGACAGCAUUUUCGCUGUUGUGACUGAGAAUUUGGAUAAAGCAGUCGCCAACUAG